AUGCAAAUCCUCUCCCCGGGAUGGCCUCCAUUCGAGCUGGUAUUAUCUAUGCACAUUCCUCAGCCUGCCUCGUCCCUUCUUGUUAUUAACAGGCAAUUAACUGACGGCGGCGAAGCCAUGGGAACUGCGCAAUCACCUCUUUGGCUUCCGUCGAGCGAUCUAUUUGUCCACCGCCGCGAACUCGAGGUCAAUGACGCAUGUCAUAUAAUGCAAAUUAGAUGUCUCUUAACAUUUAUGUAA